AUGGUACAAAUGACCGCAUUUCCCUCUGAUUUCCGAUCACUUCAAGAAUUUGGUUCUGUAAAUCCUAAAAGUAAUUUAAGAUCUUUAUCACCUAUUCUUGAAAACGGUUUAAUUCUUGUUGGUGGUAGACUUCAAAAUGCUAAUAUUUGUUAUCACUCAAAACACCCGAUUAUUCUUCCUCAUUCACAUCCAUUCACACGUCUGAUUAUUGAAAACGAGCAUUUACGCAGUUUACAUGCAGGUACUCAAACCACUCUUUCAUUUAUAAGGCAAAGAUUUUGGCCCUUAAAUGGAAAAAAUUCGGUUAAGAAUUGUAUUCGCAAAUGCGUUAUAUGUUUUAAAUCCAAACCUAAAGGGUUAACUGCUAAAAUGGGUCAAUUACCGGCUCCGCGAGUAGUUCCUACUUCUCCAUUUUUGACGUCAUCAGUUGAUUUUGCUGGUCCUUAUGAGUUGAAAGAUGGAAAAUUAAAAAACCGCAGAAUUAUAAAGGCUUACAUUUGCGUCUUUGUUUGCAUGGCAACCAAGGCGAUACAUCUAGAGCUCAUUACUGACUUAACUACUGACGGUUUUUUGAACACUCUAAGGAGGUUUGUUUCCAGACGUGGUCUUUGCACGGAUUUAUAUUGCGAUAACGCUACAAACUUUGUAGGUGCCAAUAAUGAGCUAUUGGCUAUACAAAAUUUAGCUAAUCAUGACAUGUUUCAAAGUUAUUUGACUGAUAAUCAAAUUAAAUUUCAUUUUAUACCUCCUCGAUCGCCUAAUUUCGGUGGACUUUGGGAGGCCGCUGUGAAGUCUACGAAACAUCACUUAAAACGAGUUUUGAAUCAACGACAUUUAACGUAUGAGGAGUUUUAUUCCAUAUUAACACAAGUGGAAGCUGUCCUUAAUUCACGCCCUAUAACCCCAUUAUCCAAUGAUCCUUUUGAUCUGGAAGCACUAACCCCAGGACAUUUCCUCAUUGGACGAGUCUUGACGGCUGUUCCACAGAAACCUUUAUUGGAAUCAAAACCUAAUUACGUCAAAAGAUACCAUCUUACUCAACAAAUAUUCCAACAUUUUUGGUCCAGAUGGGUUAAAGAAUACCUACAUUUGCUGCAGCUGCGCACGAAGUGGCAAACUGGCAAUCCCCGACUUGAUGUGGGAACGAUGGUGUUAAUGAAGGAGGAUAAUUUGCCUCCUAUGUUUUGGCCACUCGGUAGGAUCAUCGAAGUGCAUCCUGGUUCCGACUCGAUAGUGCGUGUAGUGAGUGUAAAAACCAAAAAUGGUGUGUUUAAACGAGCUAUCAGCAAGAUCUGUGUCCUGCCAAUGAAUGAGAGCUUAAAUUGA